ACGGAGAGACGGCGACGUAUAUUGCCCAAAGGCCGCUGCCCGCAACAUCCAUUUCUCUCCAACAAUAUUUUCCAAUUCAUCUCUUCACUUUUCAAAUCUUGAAUCCACAAUCCUCCUGUUUUUCCAUUUCCCGCUGUUCUUCUUGUAAUUACCUUCGAUUUGAACCAAAAAUAUUAUGGAAAUUCCAACAGAUCGAGGUUCAGAACCCCUGCUUCCGAUCCCUGUUUCGACGACUUCGAACUCAACCCUAGACCAUGGGAAUUCUACUCCCACUGCCUACAGUUGGCUAUUCGAGUGCCAUGGAUUUUGGUACAAAUUGUUUCUGAUUGUCCCCAGUUUGCUAUUCGUUCUGUACUUGGCAUUUCGGGCGAGAAAGAGCUUGUCCAAGCUCUCCAAUGGUCGCUCUUAUAUCAUAGUUGCAUAUUACGGGACUCUCUGGAUCGUUACUUUGCUCAACUUCGCUUGGUGCAUGUUUCAGGCAUGGGAAUGCACCUCUGGGAAAGAAUUAGCAUGGAAUAUCUUGUCCUUAUCCACGACAUCGGGAAUGCUAUUCUUGGAAGUCAGUUUGUUGGCCUUUUUAUAUCAAGGAAAUCAUGUGGGCAGCGUAGAAGCCCUCGCACGAACUUUCAUCGUGUCAGGAAUUUUUGUUGGCCUGGACUUGAUUCUGAAGGCAAUUUAUUUGUUUGGUUUCGGAGUUCCAUUAUUCAUUUUAAGUGACGACAGUAAGCAUCGAACAAAGUGGAACUUGUGGGUCGUCCACCGUCUGUUGAUUACUGCAGCAUAUGGUUUUAUAUUGUUCAUGUACCAUUCAAGCCAUAGAGAGAAAUUACCAGCAAGACCUGCUUUCUACAGAUAUGUCGUUAUCAUGUCGUCUUUGAACGUAUUGGCACUCUUUGCUUGCGGGAUCGCUGGAAAUGGAGCUGGUUUUGGCUAUUGGUUGUAUGGUGCCACUGUCGUCUGUUAUCAUGCCUUCUAUCUUCCCUUUCUAUAUGAACAUUUUCUUGCCGAUUUCUUCCAGGAGGACGAUUUGCAUUUGGAGAACGUAUACUAUUCGGAGAUGAAGGAUGCUGGUUUCUUUGACACCGACUGGGAGUGAGGAUGGCGAUUCCGUACGUAACGAAAGAGCUUCGUUGCUUAUGUAUGUAAAUUUACUCGAAAACAUAUAUAUAACGGUGUUGCAAGAUGCAGGUAUGAAUUUGGAGUGAGAUUUGUGUCUCUACUGAUCAGAUCAAUCUUAUAGUCUUCACUGUUCUAUGAAAUCCUGCAUCUUUCCUUACAAAUAUGUGUGUUUGUGUUUAUCUGAGGAUUCUCAUAUGGUAGAUCUGUAAAUAAAUUGCUAUUAGCAGCAAAAAUAAACAGAUAGGAUUGGGAUAUCAA